CAACGGAGUAGGUUGGAGGUGCAGGGCGGUCUCUGUGUCUGAGUCUGAGUCUGAACCUGUUGCUCGGCCGCUGCCGGCGUCGCUGCCACAAAAAUAUAUUGGAUGGCCGUAGGUUAACUCUGUGCACACGGCAUAAGUAACGUUCAGUCUGCCUCUAGAAGUCGAUCGUGAUCGUGGCCAGUCAGUUCCCAGUUCCAGUUCCCAAUAGUUUCCGUUCCAAAAAAAAAAAAAGAAAACAGAAACAAAAAGAAAUAAAACCAAAACGAACCCUCCUCCAGCGUCGUCUCCCUUCAAAGAAACAAGUGUUUUUUUUCUAGUUUAAGUUUUAAAACAAGCGCGCGCGUUUUAAACACAAAUUUAAUUAAUUAUUAAUAUAAAAAAAAAAACCCACACAAAAUGAAGUACUUCAACAUCUGCCUGCUCUUCAUUGUCUGCACCUUGUGCUACAGCCUGGUAACUGCCCAGGAGGAGGGUGGUCCAGCCGCCGGUGCCGUUUCGCCAGCGAAGAGAAUUGCUGCAUUGCGCCGACCCGUGGGCAAGGCGGCCAAGACUACCACCACGACGACACCGGCACCGGCGCAGGGCGAUGGUGCUGGCGAGGGUGAGGAAUAUGAUGAGGAGGCCGGCGAGCAUGGCAACCUGGGCGAGGAUGGUGACGAGGCGGCAUUUGCUGCCAGCUCCACCACCAGCACCACCACGGAGGCACCGAAAAAGGUCGGCCCCGUCAUCCGGCCAUUCCGCUCCAACGAUGAUUUCCUCAACUCGCUGAAGCGUCGCCAGGCGAACGCCAAGAAGCAUCGCGCCGAGAAGCCGCCCAGUCCCAGCAAGCCGGCCAAGAAGAGCGACGAGUCCAACUCCUCUGGCGAGCAGGAGGAGCCAGCGGCCGCGCCAGCACCUGCCCCAGCAUCCAGUUCCGCCAAGGGCUACAAGGGCAACUCGGCAUUGAGCCGCCGCAAGCUGUCGAAGCCCGCCAAGGCGACGCCCGUGGAGCCUGUGGAGGAUGCCGCCGCCGAGGAGUCGGAGCAGCAGCAAAAAGAGGAGACAAAGCCCAAGCGCCCCAUCGGUGCCCGUCUGGCCCUGCGGAAGCGCAACUGAAUCCCGGUUCUCUGAACUGAACCCGUCCCUUAUCCCAGCUAUCCAGCUCCUGCCCCUCUAAUCCCUUUGAAUCAUAUGGCUAGCUAUUUGGCAGCCCGAUCUGCCCUUUAGUUUUUAGUUCGCAAUUGAUUUUUUGUGUAUGUAAUAUAUUUGUAAUUUUAUGUUGUAAACAAACAAAAAAAAAAACACACACACACACACAAAAGGCACACUGAAAAUCCAUACACCCACACACACUCACACACGAUCCCAGCCCCAUCCUCCAUGCCCAGGAUCAGAUACGCCCAUAUAUCCCACGAUAUAUGGAUAUAUGGAGCACUAUCUCUGCCUGGGCACAAUUAUGUAUUCUUCACAAUCAUCAAUCAAUCAAUCAAUCAACCAAUCAACCAGUAAUAAAAAUCACAAAAUCAAA